UUGGGCAAUCAGCGGCGAUGUGUGGGUCCUGCAGAAGGGCGGAGGUGCAGGCGAGAGAGAGUGCGGGGAGAAAAAGGCGACAAGCAGCGCAGCGGUGCGUGAAAUCGGCGUCGGUCGAUCCAGCCAAUGGAGAGUGAGAGACAGGGCGGACUGGCGGCCAUCGCGGCGAGGGAAACAAGAGAGAGAGAGCUUGUCGACUUCUCCACAAGGCGAGCAAGAAAAAGCUACGAUCAAGAGAGUAUGAUCGACACCUCGAGGACGACGACGACGACCUCGACGCCCGAUUGACUCGCAGCUGCGGAGGAAGGGACUCGGCGCAGCAUGUCUUCUCCCGCCGGCAAGGCCGCCUCUCUCCCCCUCGAAUUGCUCCCCCUCAUCCUCGACACCCUCUCCUCGUGGUCCUCGGUAUCCACCCUCGCAACCUUCUGCCUCGUCUCCCGCUCCUGGCGUUCCUGGACCCUCCCUCACCUCUGGCGCAGAAUAUGGUUGCGAGACUCGCAUCGCGUCCGCCUCGUCUUCUCCGUGCUGCGCAAUCACCCCGAGCUGUGCCGGCUCGUAAAGGUGCUGGAGUUGCGCGUCUACCCGCUCGGUUUGAGGGCGGAGGAGCUAGAGGAUCUCGAAGAUAGCGUAGCGUGUUCACUGCGGGAAAUGAGCGAGCUGAGGGAGCUUUGCUGGACCAGAACUGGCUCCCUCAACGACCGUUUGUUGCCGGAUAUUGUGAGGAACAAGGGCAAGCUGCGCCACUUGGAAUUGAUGGGGAGCACGCGAGAUUGGAGUGCCACGGCGCCAAUGCUGUGGCAAGGUGUGCCAGGUGGUGACGGAUCUUUCCCAUUUCCACAGCUCAGCAGCUUAUCCAUCAUCCUCCCCGACGCUCUGGCCAUGCGUUGCAUCGUGGAGAUAGCAUCACGUCGUCCGCUCUCCUCUCUCUUGCUCCUCUGUCAGCAUAGCAGCGUCUUCCUACCCGUACACGCGCAACUCCUCGCGCCCCACCUUGACAGGCUCGAGCGCUUAGUCCUCGUGGGGUGCAAAAGACUCGAUGGGCCUAGCUUGCGGACACUCGUGGGAGCCACCGAGCGACUCAAGGUGUUGGCGAUCGAAGGAUGCGCAGCCUUGCACCCUGACAUCUUCCCCAAGCUCGCGCCAACUCUGCGACACAGUCUCACGACCCUCACUCUCACCCUGCCACGCCCGGCGCUUUGCGCUCAUACCACCUUCUAUCAGCAUCUCGCCGGGCUAGUCGACGGGCUGGACGAACUGAAGGAGUUCACGCUCUACGCGCCAGGAGGGCUCAAGGGGGCUGGCGGUGGGGAGAAUGACGAUUUCGACGACGUCGAUGAGACGGCCGGAGAUCAGCCAGUCGAUGGAGGCAAUGCAUCUUUAGCACCGUCAUCCGCCUCUCUGGCUCCCAAGCUACCGCUCUCCUUCAUUCGCUCCCUCACCACUUCACGGCCAGGCCUAACCCUCCUCCGCAUCCACGGGAUAGUCGCAUCGACCGAGUCGCUGCGUCUAAUCGCACAGGCAUGCACGUGGCUACGGGAGCUCGUCGUACAGCUGGAGAGCGUUGCGCCUGCCCCCUCAAGUCAACCGGACGGCUCCGGCUCAAGCUCAAGCUCGACUGCUGGACGAGAAAGCGGACUCAGCGCCCUUCUCGCACCGUUGACGUCGAGCUUGCGCACCUUACACAUCCUCGCAAGAGCAGGCGCCCCCUUCGACUUAGACGAGGGAGACGUGGCGCGACUGGCGGGGAGGAUGAGAGCGUUGCGGCAGGUUGGGUUCCGUAAUCGCGUCUGGGAGGUGCAACGCGAUCUCGGCGUGGCAAUCGAUGAUGAUGAGGUGAGCAGUAGCGCCAACGGCGUCACGCUGAAGCGAUGGGACGCUUCUGAGGGGAGAUGGCCAGAGGUAUUGCUGGUGGUCAAGGCGUGAGCACACUCAGCAAGGGACGUCCCUGACAUCCAUCAUCUCAUCGUCUCCGUCUCCGCCAGCAUUACACCCGCCACCUCCUCGUAGAGACGGACGAAGCGUUCGGCGCCUUUGAUUUCGUGGCGGCAAGGGGCGGACAUCGUCGCUGCGGCCCAGGCAGCGCGGUAGCAUAGCAUCACACGCAUGUACACGAGCGAUCAAUCAUAGAUAGUGUAGCAUCAGAAAGCGGUAGAGAUGUAGAGUACAGAUGAGGAACACGCGGCGCCCUCUUUACGCCCACAACCCCUCCUUCCCUCUGACCCUCACAUCGCCAUACGCCUCGUCCUGUUCCAAUACCACCUGGUCCUUCGUCCCCAAGACGAGCAGCUCAAAGAAGAAACCCGCCGCUGCUCUUCGACUAGCAUUUUUGCUCACCUCAUCGACACUCAACGUGGCCCUCU